AUGACCACUUCUAGGGUAAUACGCGGCACGCGGGCCAAAGUGUUCUUUUAUAUUUGCGGAAUAUUGGUCCUAAUCGGCGUGAUAGCCUGUUAUAAUAACACUUUAUCACAAUUGGACGAUGUGAAGAAAUCCAACGAUUUGUGCCAUCAACAGGAGGAGAAUUUGUCCACGCAAUUGCAAGUCAUUUCGGAUUACAAAUUGAGGUUGGAAAAGAGCUUGAAAACAGAACAAGCCGAUAACCAGCAAAUCAAAGCGAACCUCGAAAACCAGUUGAAAGAAGAACGCAGCAAAUACGAGAGGGAUUCCAACGAUAUGAAACUAAAAUUAGGAUCGUUACAACAGCAUUUUAAUUUACUACAGACUCAAUACGAUGAUUUCAAAGAAGAGACUGCCAAAACUCAGAAGCAAGAACAGGAGGAGAUUAAUAAUUUAGAAGCGAGAAUCAGCGAAUUGUUAGAGGAACAGAAGAAAAUCAAAUCGUCUAAAGAUAAUCUUCAGGCCCAUUGCCAAGCGAUCGCCCGCGAAAAGGAGCAGCUAGAAGAUCAAAUGAAAAAUAAAAACGAUAACGAACUACUCGAUCGAUUGAGAAACGAGAACAAAGAACUGAAAUCGGACAUACUCCAUUUAAAGGAAAAAUACGGUACGAAAGACACCCUGCUCGAACCGAAACCGGCCCAACAAUCGCCCGAAGCCGACGAACAACAAAACGACAAGCCGGUGUUGCCCCAACCCAACAACGAACCGUUCAAAAUCCCUUCGUCGAGCAGCACCUCGUCCAAUUUAAUCGCCCCCAAACCCUCCAAAGCCAAUCUCGGAGCGGCCAGACCUUUACUCUUGCCUUCGAUGACCCCCGAAACGGCCCCGAAGGACGGCAAACUGCCCGACGGAGUAGUCGCGGUGCCCGACAGAAAGGACGACGAGGAGCCCCCCGUGAACGCGCGCUAUCAAAACGCCAAGGACAGCGCCCAGUACAACAACAAAAUGGACGAUAUCAAUCAAAUGCAGAAGCCCAACGAGGGGCCCAAAGGCGACGCUGAUAGGGAGAACGGGGCGCAGGAGGUGUUCGACGCGCCGGCGAACGGGUUGCAAUUCGACAACGAGCAAAUGAAGCAAGCGGAGAAGCCCGAGAAGCUCCCGGGCAAGAAGCACUACGAGCAGGACCAAGGGGAGUACAAAGAGAUGAACGAUGUUCAGCUCGAGGAAAACGACGAUGAUGAUGGGGAUGGAUACGAUGAUCAUGUAGCUAGGCAAAAAGAACCGGCUGUUCGGAAUUGA